AGCCCUGGCGAUAAUCUUCCAAGCCCCUGACGCUGUUCAGGGCAGGUUGCUUGGGCCUGAUGAUCACGACUGCCGCUUAAUUGCGCCGGGUUUGUGCUUUCAUUCCACCCCCCUCCCUGCCCCCCAAUUGCCGGGAGAGGAGGCUUGCACUCCUGUGAUGCAAUUUGUAACCGGUCUUCGCGGUGCGUUCCGCCGCCUCUCGGAGCUGCCCUUGGCCGGGGGCGUCGAGGGCGGCCGGGCCUCUCCUUAGGUCCCCGCCUUGCCAGGAGCUUCCCUUCUCCCUCCUCCUCCUCCUCCUCCUCAGGAUCUAGCCCCGACGCGGAUCCUCCAACGGGGUCCCAAGAAGCAUGGUCUUGCGGACCCUUCUGCUCCUGGGUUGUUGAAGCCUCCUCCUCUCCUCCUCCUCCUCUUUGGGCUCAGAUCUGCGCCGCGAUAGCCCUCCUCGACGAGCCAGACGGACCAGUUGCAUGCUGAAGGGAGGCUGCCUCCAUCCAUUCCUCGCCGCGCGGUCCCUUGCUUCCUUCCUUUCCCGGGGAACAGUGAGGAGGUCCCGGGCCCUCCUCCCGCUGAGGGCCGCCUUCGGAGCCAUGGCUGCCAAGACGCCGAAUGGCCUCGCCAAUGGGCACCUGCCGCCCCGCCACAACGGGGGGCCCUGCCUCGCCAGGGACGCCCCCAGGAAGAACGGGUUCGUGGCCAAAGGCCAAAGCAAGGAAAAUGGUGUGGCAAAUGGAGCUGUUUACAAAAGACCAUUUAAUGAAUCAUUUGAACAAGCACCUAUGUAUGUUGCUGUCUUUACAUUUGUGGGUUUUGGCGUAGGAACAUUAUUUGGAUAUUUGCGAGACUUCUUAAGAGCCUGUGGAUUACAAAAAUGUGUCGGCACUAUAGAACGAGAAGAACAAAAGGAUUUUGUACCACUCUAUCAAGAUUUUGAAAACUUUUAUACAAGAAAUCUGUAUAUGAGAAUAAGAGACAAUUGGAACCGUCCUAUCUGCAGCGUUCCUGGCCCAAAAUUUGACUUAAUGGAACGUGUUUCAGAUGACUACAACUGGACAUUUAGGUUCACUGGAAGGACAAUCAAGAAUGUAAUCAACAUGGGUUCAUAUAACUACCUCGGCUUUGCAGAAAUUGAGCCCAAUGCUAUAAAAAAUGUGAAGAAAGAGUUAGAUAAAUAUGGCACAGGAACUUGUAGCACCAGACAGGAAAUGGGUAACCUUGAUAAACAUGUGGAGUUGGAAAAAAUGGUGGCACAGUUUCUUGGUGUUGAAGCAUCACUAACAUUUGGCAUGGGAUUUGCUACAAAUGCUAUGAACAUUCCGGCAUUAGUUGGAAAGGGAUGUCUUAUUUUAAGUGACGAACUUAACCAUUCUUCACUAAUUCUUGGGGCAAGGCUAUCAGGUGCUACAAUAAGAGUUUUUAAACACAACAAUAUACAAAGCUUAGAAAAGCUAUUGAAGGAUGCAGUAAUACAUGGACAGCCUCGAAGUCGAAGAGCAUGGAAAAAAAUUCUCAUUCUUGUAGAAGGCAUUUACAGCAUGGAAGGAUCCAUUGUACGCUUGCCAGAAAUUGUUGCCCUGAAGAGAAAAUACAAAGCCUACCUCUACUUAGAUGAAGCCCACAGUAUAGGUGCCAUUGGUCCAACUGGCAAGGGAGUUGUUGAGUACUUUGGAAUGGACCCCAACGAUGUUGAUGUAUUGAUGGGAACGUUCACAAAAAGCUUUGGAGCCGUUGGAGGAUACAUAGCUGGCAAAAAGGAACUAGUGGACUACUUACGGGUUCACUCGCACAGUGCUGUGUAUGGUGCAUCUAUGAGUCCACCUGUAGCAGAACAAAUAAUAAGAGUAAUGAAAAGCCUAAUGGGUCUGGAUGGAACCACACAAGGACUUCAGAGAGUCCGCCAGCUAUCAGAAAAUACGAGGUACUUCAGACGAAGGUUGCAUGAACUAGGCUUCAUUAUUUAUGGCAACGAGGAUUCCCCUGUUGUGCCAUUGCUGCUUUACAUACCUGGUAAAAUCGGGGCUUUUGCAAGACGUUUGUUAGCCAAAAAUAUUGGGGUGGUAGUAGUUGGCUUUCCCGCUACACCAAUCACAGAAUCCAGGGCUCGGUUUUGUGUGUCGGCUGCUCAUACACGAGAGAUAUUAGACACGGUCCUGAACGCUCUAGAUGAAAUGGGAGAUUUUUUACAGCUGAAAUAUUCCCGGCACUCCAGGUCAUCUCGUCCUGAACUAUAUGAUGAAACGAGCUUUGAGCUUGAAGAUUGAGUUUCUCUCCCAUUGAGAAACCGUUAUGAGGAAGAGAGGGACCUAAACAAUAGGAAUGCAUUUCUUUUUUCUGAGGACAGUUUUUGCUUCACAUUUAAUCGAACCAAGAGAAGUACUGUAUGUGUUUGUACCAGAUUGGAUUCUGUGUGCAAGAGACUGAAACAUUGCUACAGAUUCCCUUUCGAACCUUCCAGAAAUACAUGUUUUAGUAUUACUGUAUUAUUAUUUUAUGCAAAAGACUUUAUUCUAUUAAGUUAAUUGCUACUGUGCCAACUUUGUUAUGGGCCUUUUUACGACAGGCCUUGGAUAGUUCUGAAUUAUGAUUAUCAUAAACGUUUUAAAAGACUGGCUUGAAAUGUAGUAUGUUGGGUGAAGGAAAAGGAAUUCUUGUUAUCUCCAUUGGUGCUUAUUUACCGUUUUUGGCAGACACACUGGGAAGUAGCCAUCUCUUGGCCAGUUAUUAACUUAACAGAAGUCUGAAUCAGGGAGACUGGUUCAAGAUCCUCCUUAGCAUUAAGGACAGGGAAAAGCUGCAAGUGGUGGAUUUUUUCUAAAAUAAAAUUGUUAAAGGAUUUUUUAUUAAAUUUUAUUAAAAUUGGCAAAAAAAAGACUAAAACUACAAAAAUAUAAAUUUCAAUUCUUACACAGUUGAUGCAUUGAAUUCUUUUGUAAUUGAAUGUAGAGGUUUGCUUCCAUGUGCCUUUUUUUAGAAAUGCUAGAUCUUAAGCAAUACUACAGGUUUUCAAGCACAUACUAAGUAAUGGUUUCAGUUUCCUGUUUGCAAUAUUCAUAGCUUUAUGGUAUAUAUACAGCUGAUGUUUCCAAGCCCAUGUGUUCUUAUACUGUUUUGCAGGCUUGGUAUAGUAGUAUAUUUGUGAAUAAAGAGCACUUUGACUGUGAGUUACACAGAAUAUGAUGCUCAAAGAGUUUACUGUUUGUAGCUCUUGCUUCUUUUUAAAUUGAAGGAUCUCUGGUUGUUGAUGUUUCUCUGUGACGUAAUAACGAAUACGGAGAUACUUGGUCUGUGUUCUUAUUUUCUAUGCAAUUUAUGUAUCUAUGUUUCCCAAAUGUUUAAAACGCUAACUUUUUAGGGCCAUGGCCAAUUAUCUGAAAAGGGAAUGAUAGGGACAGGUAAACAUAUUCCCCCCACUUCCUUUGCAUCAGAUUAAUUAGACCAGGACAAAUCCGGUCUUUAGAUUUGGCUGGAUGAAAAUGGUUCCCAAAUAGCAACAUCUAAGACCCUUGUAGUCUGUGUAGAUUUUAAAGUCACCAGUUGAAAGUCACUUUUGUAGUUUUGGAGGAAGCUGCAAGUCAUUCUGGAAUAUCUGAUGGCACUGUAAACACAUCUGAUCAAGAGAUGGUUAGCUUUCUGUUGCACAGAUGUACUUUGCUUUCAUGUUCUUAAAGACUGUGGUAUCCACUUAACCCACAGCUGCAAAAUUAGAUUUAAGAACAGAACAAUUAAAUUGUGGAAUAGCAAUUACAGUAUAUGACUCCCCUGCUUGUUAAAGAGCUUUGAGGAUAAAGCAAGCCUGAUUAGUUAUGAGGUCCCUUUUUGUUGUUCAAGUUAAUAAAAUUCAAUGCUGCUAUAAUGUUAAGAAUGGACCGCAACACAUUCCAGAAUAUCAAAUGUCUUUUUCAGAAGUGAAUUUUUGGGGGUGGGUAGUGAACUAAACAGUGUUGUGUGAUUGUUCACUUUGGCAGAUGAACUUGAGAAACACUAAAGGAGGCCAUGUUUGUGCAUUAUGCUAAAACUACUGUAUAAAGAUUAAAGGAUAUUUUUGUGUUUUUUA